CUUAAAUUGUUCAUAAAAUAACAGUUUUCGAACAUUAUAGCACUACCUCAUAGUCUUUACUUAAAACCUUCACUGUGCGUACCUCGCUAUAAUGACUUUCAGUUUUAAAAUAACGCGACGCUGUAUUUAAUCCCGUUCUAAUGGAACAAAUACAGCUUCUUUCGUGGUAAAUGUUCAACAUGAAUUCAGAAGAUGAGGAAAUAAUGAAAAAUCUUCAUCAAGAAUUCAUGGAUUCAUUGGAUGCCAAAUUUCUUGUUGAUUUCUUGUAUAACCACAAAGUAUUGGAAGUAGAGGAUUGUGAAAGAAUUAAAAGUAUGGAACCGGUAAGUGAGAGAACCAGGAAACUGUUAUUUCUUCUUCCGAUGAUUGUUCCGUCUUUAGAAUUGUUUUACAACGCGCUUAAUGAAUGUGGAUACGAUUUUUUGGCAGCUAGGAUAAAAGACAGAAAGUCGUGUAUAGCUAGACAGCAUAAGUGCAAACGUUUUGGAACACGAAGAUUUCAACUUGUGAAUUAUCGUCAUAAAUUAAAAAGGUUAAUUCAUACUGGAAAACAUUACCAGCUAAGAGAGAAAAUCAACAAAAUACAAAGAAGAUGGGAAAAGGCAGUAGAAGCAAAUUUUAAAGGUAUGACAGAAAACACUAUACGCGGUCUUGCAGAUCGAUAUUUUUAUGCUUUAGAUACCGAUUGCGAAUUUAGACGAGUUAUAUUGGAUAAAACAUUAAUAGAGUGUGACUUAUUCCAGAGAAUUCGUGACUUGUCUAACUAUACGUCGGAAGUUAAUGUACCCAACAUGCUUUGCAGUGCCCGAUAUGGCUCGGCUGUCUUUAUGGCCAACGAAAAAGAUUUUGAAAAGGCACAUGGCUAUAUCAAGGAGGCUAAACAGCGAUUUGACUAUAUUAAAUCUUGCCGAGAGACAGGAAUAGUUUUGUAUAUCGAAUAUAACAUGUUCAAUAUCAUGUAUUCUGAAACAAUGAACUAUUCCCAAAAGGAACACUUAUUACUUUUAGGUCACGAAGCUAUCAAACAUUUUAAAAAAGAGAGAAAAACAAACCCAGAGGUGGCUGAAGAUUUUUUUAGAAUGUUUAACUUGAAACUUGCACACCUUUACCUAGGCAUUGGACUAUUUGGGAAUUAUUUGAAGUCGAAUGUACCGAAUAAAGACAUUGAAGAAGGAAAACGUCUGCUUAAAACAAUAAAAGACAACAACAAAAUGUGGGGAAGAAUGGAGGUUCGUUGGAAAUGGUUUUAUUAUACCGCUUCGGCAAGAAUUAAAUAUCUGGAACAUUGUCCAUUUGAAGCGUUAGAAAAUACAAGACUCGCCUUAAGUGUUGCUGAAAAUGGAAAAGGAAAUAGUUUAAAGGAAAUAAAAAGUUCAAAAGACACUAUGAAGUGCUUAGAAAAAUUAAUAACAGAUCAAAUUUCUUGACCAUAAAGGUGUUAAUUGGAAAUAUAAUUCAGCCGUUGCUAUUUUAAAAUCUAGACAAAAUCAUCGUUUACACAAUUGAAUAGUUUGUAGUAGAUUGUAUUUGUAUGCACACAGGUAGUAUUGUUUUAUAAAUGUUUAGCAA